GCUCUGCGGCGCAGGGGCAAGAUGGCUGCAGAGAAACAGGUUCCUGCAGGCGGCGGUGGUAGCAGCAGCGGCGGUAGCGGUGGUGGACGCGGUGCCGGAGGAGAGGAAAAUAAGGAAAACGAACGGCCUUCAGCUGGAUCGAAGGCAAACAAAGAAUUCGGAGAUAGCCUGAGUUUGGAGAUUCUUCAGAUUAUUAAGGAAUCCCAGCAGCAGCAUGGUUUACGGCAUGGAGAUUUUCAGAGGUACAGAGGCUACUGUUCCCGUAGACAAAGACGUCUUCGGAAAACACUCAACUUCAAGAUGGGGAACAGACACAAAUUCACAGGGAAAAAAGUAACUGAAGAUCUUCUGACUGAUAACAGAUAUUUGCUUCUGGUUCUGAUGGAUGCUGAGAGAGCCUGGAGCUAUGCCAUGCAGCUCAAACAGGAAGCCAACACUGAACCCCGAAAACGGUUCCACUUGUUAUCUCGCCUACGCAAAGCUGUGAAGCAUGCGGAGGAGUUGGAACGCUUGUGUGAGAGCAAUCGUGUGGACGCCAAGACCAAGUUGGAGGCUCAGGCUUACACGGCUUACCUCUCAGGAAUGCUGCGGUUUGAACAUCAAGAAUGGAAAGCCGCCAUUGAGGCUUUUAACAAAUGCAAGACUAUCUAUGAGAAGCUGGCCAGCGCUUUCACAGAAGAGCAGGCUGUGCUGUACAACCAGCGUGUGGAGGAGAUCUCGCCCAACAUCCGCUACUGUGCAUAUAACAUUGGGGACCAGUCAGCUAUCAAUGAACUCAUGCAGAUGAGAUUGAGGUCUGGGGGCACUGAGGGUCUCCUGGCUGAAAAAUUGGAGGCCUUGAUCACUCAGACUCGAGCCAAGCAGGCAGCCACCAUGAGUGAAGUGGAAUGGAGAGGCAGAACGGUCCCGGUGAAGAUUGACAAAGUGAGGAUCUUUUUACUGGGAUUGGCCGACAAUGAGUCAGCCAUCGCCCAGGCUGAAAGUGAAGAAACCAAGGAGCGUCUGUUUGAAUCCAUGCUCAGUGAGUGUCGGGACGCCAUCCAGGCCGUUCGGGAAGAGCUCAAGCCAGAUCAGAAACAGAGAGAUUAUACCCUUGAAGGGGAAUCGGGGAAGGUAUCUAAUCUUCAGUACCUGCACAGCUACCUGACUUACAUCAAGCUGUCAACAGCAAUCAAGCGGAACGAGAACAUGGCUAAAGGCCUGCAGAAGGCAGUGCUGCAGCAGCAGCCAGAGGAUGACAGCAAGCGCUCCCCCCGGCCCCAGGACCUGAUCCGGCUCUAUGACAUCAUUCUUCAGAAUCUGGUGGAAUUGCUCCAGCUUCCUGGCUUAGAGGAGGACAGAGCCUUCCAGAAAGAGAUAGGCCUUAAAACUCUGGUCUACAAGGCUUACAGGUGUUUCUUCAUCGCUCAGUCCUAUGUGCUGGUGAAGAAGUGGAGCGAAGCCCUUGUCCUGUGCGACAGGGUCCUGAAGUACGCACAUGAGGCGAGCUCUGAUGCCGGAGCCUUCAAGAACAGCCUAAGGGACCUGCCUGACGUGCAAGAGCUCAUCACGCAAGUGAGGUCGGAAAAGUGCUCUCUGCAGGCGGCCGCGAUCCUGGAUACAAAUGAUUCCCACCAAACAGAGACCUCUUUUCAAGUCAAGGACAAUAAGCCCCUGGUCGAACGGUUUGAGACAUUCUGCCUGGACCCUUCCCUUGUCACCAAGCAAGCCAACCUCGUGCACUUCCCGCCGGGAUUCCAGCCCAUCCCAUGCAAGCCUUUGUUCUUUGACCUGGCCCUCAACCAUGUGGCUUUCCCACCUCUUGAGGACAAGUUGGAGCAGAAGACCAAGAGUGGCCUCACUGGAUAUAUCAAGGGCAUCUUUGGAUUCAGGAGCUAACCAGGCUUUUCCUUGGGGGCAGGGGGAGAUUCUGACUCUUAAUCUGUAUUGUGAGAAAACCCCAGCAGCUUCCAUGAUAUUAAAUCCAGGUCUGCAUUGGCCCAGGGCAGAAGUUUAACAUCCUCAACCCUGCAUUCCUAUGUCUUGUGUGUUUGUACACUUCCAUUCUUAACCAGGGUGCUAGAAGGGCACCCUGUUGUCUUCUGAUAAAUAUGUGUGGGGUUCUGUGUCCAUCCCCUGGAGGAGGGGCCCCUGCCAUCUGGUCUCAUGUGAACCUUUGGUCAGUAAUGUGGUCGUGGGGGUCCACACCAGGCACAGAUGGGGGCUGGGAAUGUUCUGUCGUGUUUCUUCAGUACCAUGGAUUUGAAAUGAACUCAUUCUUGCUGUGAGCAUCCAGAAUCCCUUGAAGAGUUUGUCCGUGACUAGGAAACAUUGGCAGCCUUAUUCCCCUUCACCUCCAAGUGAAAGUUAAGAAGUUUCAGAACAAGCAAAGAGCUCUAUUUUUAGAAGAAAUAUGUUACACUCAGAAAUAAUGAAAACAAAUCUUAUAUUAAAAGGCAAAGAUGC